AUGCAAAAAGUUCAUAAGUUGAUGGCCUUGGAGAAGAUUCAAACUGAGCUGUUGAAGGAGAAAGUGCAGCAGAGGAGACAGACCAUCUUGUCCAAAUUUGAAAAGAUGCGGGAAUUCCAGGCUGAAGAGGAGGCCCAGCAACUCCAUAACCUGGCAUUGGAAGAAGAGAAGGUGCUUCGGAAAUUGGAGGAAAUGAAGAGCCAAGUUUCUCAGCAGGGCACCAUCCUGAAGGAGUUGAUCGGGCGCCUGGAGGAGAAGUGUGAGAAACUGGCACUGGAGUUGCUGCAGGAUGUUGAAACCUUAUUGAGUAGGUGUGAAGCUGCAGAGCUGCAGGUGUCCUGGGACGUGUCUGUGGAACUGAGGAGUGUGUGCCACGUGUUUGGAAUGAGGGAGAUGCUGUGCAAAUUCCAAGCUCCGAUGAGGUUGGAUGAAGACGCAGCAAAUCCCAGCCUGAUGAGUGAAUCCUUGGAGUCUGCAAAGAAGCAACACACAGGAAAGGAUUUGCGGCCCAAACACGGAUUUUGGACAAUAGCCAUGAAGAAUGACAAUUUCUAUGCUGGAAAGAUUUGUUUCCCUGUGAGGGGUUCCCCGAAAAUGGUGGGAGUCUAUGUGAACUAUGAGGUGAGAACAGUGUCAUUUUAUAAUCUGACCAACAGAAUUCACAUAUAUAGUUAUCAGGGCUCCAAUUUCUCUGGUUCACUUUGUCCCAUAUUUCUCAGUGUGUCCAGAUAG